CUCCGCGCGUGGCACGCCGGGAAGGCCGUGUCGGGGGACCCCGCCCGGGGCCGCACCGUAAAUGGGAGUCGCCUUUCCUCCAGUCCACUCUGCACCCGACCGCAGCGGGCGCACUUUUCUGAGUUGCGCAUACCCUCUCAAUUAUUAAAGGUUGCAGACGGAAAAGUUAGUAGUUUUCGGAAUUGUAGAAUGCGCUCGCGCAGCGCCGGGACGGCUGAUACUUACCCGAAAAUGUGGAACCCUGAUCUCCCCAUGCUUGGAGCGGGAUUGGGGGCAGCGUAGUAAGAAUACUGGAGUUGCUUAAACGCAUUUGCUCGAAAGUCACUACCCUGGACAUACAUUCUGGCCAAAAGAAAGGGGGAAACCUCCACGUUUUUUUUCAAAUACUGAGUUUCAUGAAGAGAACCUCCAACAAAUGGUAUAUAAAGGAAAACAAAGCAAACAAAAGAGGGAAACUUUGCAGUUUAUUAACUCAAGCAUGAAAGUACAGAAAAUAAGCAGGGCUCAACAUACUUGGAAAAGGAAAAAACAAGAAGAAAAAACAUGAUGGCAUUGUUUAUGAAACUAAAGAAGUUCUCAAUCCAUCUCCCAAAGUAACAAAUUGUUGCAAAUCACUGUGGGUAAAAUACAGUUUUCAGAAGGCAUACAUGACCCAACUUGUCAGCUCCCAGCCAGUUCCAGCAAUGUCAAAGAACCCAGAUCAUAAUCUACCUUCUCAGCCCAAGGAGCAUAGCAUUGGUCAGAAGCAUCACCAGGAGGAAAUAAUUCACAAGUUGGCCAUGCAGCUGAGACACAUUGGGGACAGUAUUGAUCAUAGGAUGGUUCAAGAGGAUCUUCAACAGGAUGGCAUAGAUGCACUGGAUGGUUUUGUCUUCUUUUUCUUUAGAAGAGUUCAGGUGUUGUUGCAUUUUUUCUGGAACAACCAUUUGCUGUAAAAGGAAAGUAAAGGUCAAGUUCUGCUUUCUUUCUACCCUCUGAGAAACAUGAAUCCCACUGGGACAGACAGGAAGAACACCCUUCUUCGUCUCCCAUCACUGUUGGUCUACACCUGGUUUGUUGAAGAACUGCAGGCUCAUGAGCCAUUUGUCUCUUCGGAGGAACUAGCUAUGAGACGUCUGCAAUCACGUCAUGGUAAAGCCCAAGGAGUAAACCCCAGGAAGCCUUGCUGCCCAGAAAAUGCCAGUGCUGUGGAUGGCCCCAGGGCUCCUUGUGAGGAAACCUUGAACAUUUCCUUCCAGGAAUGAAAGAGAAUCUCGUCCUCAAACUAAAGAUCACAGAAAUGGGCACUUUCUCCUGGGCCACUCCCUGGGCACCAUGCCCUCUGGUGACCUGUUGGCUCCACUCUCGUUACUCAUGUCCAGAUCUGCAGUGACAGCUUCUCCUUCUCAGUGACAUGUCACCUCCCUGCCCCAGUCCUGGCCCCAACUCUCUCUGGAAAAUCGAAGUGAAACAUUUGUCUCUAAUACUCAAAUCCAACAUAUGGUCCAUCUCAUCAACCUUCCCAUUUCCAUGCCUAGAGGCCCCACGACUACCACUAGCACCAUUGGGUGUUUCCUUCUCAGGCUCUGAUUCUACAACAUUUACGUUCUUGUCUCACCUUUGAUCCUCUUACUCCUCUGUGACCCCCUUCAGGUCUUCCUUCAGCACUCCAGUGUUUUCCCAUACCACUCGACCCUGCUCCAAGGUAUCUUUCCCUGCUCUGCCAUCCUCUUUUAGGCUUGCCUGCUUAAAAUUGGGAGUGCUUAGUCCUUAGCCAACAGUCCUACCUUCUAGAAGAGUGUAAGACCUGACAGAGUUAUGAAUCCAUCACAAGGCAAAAACUUCUCUGUUCCUAUUGCUGGAUGAUUUUGCUGUAUUGGUUGAUGGGCCCUUUGCCUGUUGAAUGUAUUUCACUCAUUCUCUCCUGCACGCUCUGACGCAGUUCUUUCACCUCCAUUCUUCUCCUUUUACGUUUUUGUCUACCUCAUAGUCCCUCUCUCCCCUCCUUUAAAAUAAUUAUAAAUAUUAAGAAGGUUUGUUGUUAUAAAUUAAAAGUUUAUGUAUCUUGAGCUCUUCAUAGUAGUGUUAUUUUUAAAAAUUCUAAAAAAGAAAUAAAUAUUGUUAUUUUAUUGAGCAUGAAA